GUUGCAUAAAUAGUGGACAAGAUGCCCUGACCACUGUUAGACUUUACUUCUGUUGCCACCCAUAUCUUCUUGCCCGCCCCUCCUCAGCAGCCUAAGCCAACCUUUGCUACCAUGAGACUCAACAUAGCCUCAUACGGGCUCACUCUUGGCACCAUUGCCAGCGCCCUCGCCACUCCAGGCCCCACGAUUCGUUCCGUCAAAAUCACCAGCCGUGAUCCAUCCACCUUCACUACAGGCCUCGCAGCCAUCAGCGCCCAAAUCGACACCCUCGACUCCAGCAUCAUCGCCUACCCUGGCGGCGACAUCUCCAACAUCACCGCCGGGGCUGCCGGCUUGAUCAAUACGCUUCUUGCCGAGACGAAAGCGAUCCAGUCGUACUUCCUGAAUACCACCGAAGCGACCGCCGUGAUCCCCCCGCUGGAGAAGCUCACCGUGCAGUUCACCACCGCAGUAAACGAUUACAUCAGUAUCCAUGAUCUGAUUGCUGUCGCCGAUGAGGGGUGGUAUAUCUACUCGCAGCUGCAGGAAGAACAUACUGCUGCUUUGACUUAUAGUGGGAGUGUCGUGGCCCGAAUUCCAGCCGGUGACUUGAAGGAUCUCGCGGAUGCGCUGGCUACGAAUAUCACUGAUACCUUGGAGACGGGAGUGGUGGCUUAUAAGGAUAUUGCGGUUCGGCCGACAUCGUAUGCUAGGGCUUAGGUCUGUUGUGACGGUGUCUUUGUUGAAUAUUGGAUAGGGGUUGUCUAUAUCAUGUGCCGCCCGGCGCAACCCCAACAUCUUAAGGUAUUAUAUUAUCUCCGUGCUGGUCGAUGGUUGGAUCCAGGUUUAUCCGAUAUGUUAGCAAUAGUAACCUGAAAUGAUGAAUAUAAAUGCGUCAUGAUCUGUCCAUAAG